UACGGCAAUUGUUAACCGUUACGCAACUUUGCAUAUAAGCACACAUAUAUUUUACUUCGAGAAGUUUUCCAAAUCACCCCCUCCCCUACGCACCACAACGAAAAUGCAACAAAUUCUGAAAUUUUACGAUAUUUGAAAUUGAUCCACUACUUACCACAACAACAGCAGCAGCAACAACAACAACAAUAWUAACAGUAAAGGCAGCGCCACUUGCAAAAAGCACAACAUAAAAUACUGAAAGAGAGAGAUAGAGACAGUGGGACAUAGAGGGAGAUAGACAAAGACAAAGACAGGCAGACAGACAGAUAGGCAGGCAGCGAGCGCUGCUGCCUAGUGAAUUCCGCUCUCGUCAUGGCCGCUGCUCACAGUCACCACAAUGCCAAUUUGCUCAGCUCGGACAUAUCCCGGCGCAAUCCGCAGGACGAGUACGAUCUCAUACAGAAAAUUGGCUCUGGCACCUAUGGCGAUGUUUAUAAGGCGAAACGCAUACAGAGCAAUGAGCUGGCCGCCAUCAAAGUUAUUAAGCUGGAGCCCUCCGACGACAUACAGAUCAUCCAGCAGGAGAUCUUCAUGAUGCGCGACUGCCGGCACCCGAACAUCAUUGCCUACUACGGCUCCUAUCUGCGGCGCGACAAAUUGUGGAUUUGCAUGGAGUACUGCGGCGGUGGCAGCCUCCAGGAUAUCUAUCAGGUGACCGGGCCGCUGACAGAGCUGCAAAUUGCGUACAUGUGCCGCGAGACGCUGAAGGGCCUGGAGUAUCUGCAUCAGAAGGGCAAAAUGCAUCGUGACAUCAAAGGCGCCAACAUUUUGCUAACCGAGAAUGGCGACGUGAAGCUAGCCGACUUUGGUGUCUCCGCGCAGAUAACAGCCACAAUUAACAAGCGAAAGAGUUUCAUAGGCACGCCCUACUGGAUGGCGCCCGAGGUGGCCGCCGUGGAGCGAAAGGGCGGCUACAAUCAACUCUGUGAUAUUUGGGCCUGCGGCAUUACGGCAAUUGAACUGGCUGAACUGCAGCCGCCGAUGUUCGACUUGCAUCCGAUGCGCGCCCUGUUCUUGAUGUCGAAGAGCGGCUUUAAGCCGCCGUCAUUGAGCAACAAAGAGAAGUGGAGCCCAACGUUUCACAGCUUCAUCAAGACCGCACUGACAAAGAAUCCAAAGAAGCGACCAACCGCCGAGCGGCUGCUCCAGCAUCCCUUUGUACAGAGCGAGAUGUCGCUGCGAGUGCCCAAGGAGCUGCUCCAAAAAUACCAGAGUCCCAAUACGCCAUACUACUAUCUCGACGGCGACGAGGAGACGGUGGCCGGCGUACCGCAACGGAUUCCCAGCAAAAUGACGUCGCGUGCCAAUGGGGUUCCGGCACAGAACCACACGCUCAAAACAGGCAUGACGACAAACUCGACGUGGUAUGAGCGUUCUUCUAGUCCCGAAACGUUGCCCAGCGACAUUCAAAGCGGCGAGCGACCAAGAUGCAGCGGCACUUUUAUCAUGAACAUGUCCUUAAGGAGCCUCUUACAAUAUAUUGAUGAGGAACUAAAGUUAAGCGGCGAUGCAGUCGGCGGCGGCGGCGGCAGCAGCGGCAACGGCGGCAUCAUCAAAGGCAGCAAUGGCCUGGAUAUGAGGCAUGAGACAGCUGCCACGCCUCCGGCUAGCGCACACUCUGUCGGCGAUGGCUUCUCGCAUUCCAACAGCGCCUCGACCAGCUCAGCAGCGGCAGCAGCAGCAGCGGCGGCGGCGGCAGCAGCAGCAGCAGCACAAGCUUCGACUGCAUCCACUGCUGCUGCUGCGGCUGCGCCUGGCCUCACAUCCGACAGGGUAGCGCAUCUCUAUGAGAAUCUGUUGCGCAGCAGCAGCUCGGACGUGCUAGAGCUUGCCCAAGCGGACGCGGCCAGCGGCGAGAACAGCAACAACUGUGAUUACCGAAGCGAGAGCAACCAGAAUGGCAUUGAGGAUUCACCAAGACGUCACAGCUCCAUGGAUCAGCUAAUCGGUCUGCUCAACGAUUUGGGCAAAACGUCGCGCACGCGCAGCCUCAGCGAUGGCGGCACCCAGGACGAUGAUGAAGUUGAAAAGGAAGCGCAACCGGAUCUGUUGAACAAUACGCCACCUGUGCCGCCCAAGCGCUCGCAUCGACGUCGCCACACGCCGCCGCGGCCCAUUUCGAACGGGCUGCCACCGACGCCCAAGGUGCACAUGGGCGCCUGCUUCUCCAAAAUCUUCAACGGUUGUCCGCUGCGCGUGCACUGCACCGCCUCGUGGAUACAUCCGGAGACACGGGAUCAGCAUCUGCUGAUUGGGGCCGAGGAGGGCAUCUAUAACCUCAAUAUGAACGAGCUGCACGAUGCGGCCAUCGAUCAGCUGUUUCCGCGUCGCACCACCUGGCUGUAUGUGAUCAAGGAUGUGCUGAUGAGCCUGUCCGGCAAAUCGUGCCAGCUCUACCGGCACGAUCUGGUCGCCCUGCACUCGAAGCAGACGGUGCGCUUCUCGCUGCACAUGAACAAGAUACCCGAGCGGCUGGUUCCACGUAAAUUUGCGCUAACCACCAAAGUGCCGGACACGAAGGGCUGCACCCAGUGCUGCGUCACACGCAAUCCCUACAACGGCUACAAGUAUCUGUGCGGCGCCACGCCGAGCGGCAUCUUCCUGAUGCAGUGGUACGAUCCGCUGAACAAAUUCAUGCUGCUCAAGCAGUGCGAGUGGCCGGCCACCAGCAUACUGGGCCAGGGCAGCGUCCAGAACGGGCAUACGCCCAUCUUCGAGAUGAUCAUCACGCCGGAGCUGGAAUACCCCAUUGUGUGCACGGGCGUGCGCAAGGCGCUCAACGGCUGCCUCAAGCUGGAUCUGAUCAACAUGAACAGCGCUAGCUGGUUCCAUGCGGAGGACUUGGAGUAUGAUGCGAUGGCCACGAUGGUACCACGCCGCGAUCUGUUGAAGGUGGUGCGCGUGCACCAAGUGGAGAAGGACGCCAUUCUCGUCUGCUAUGGCAAUGUGAUGCAGGUGGUCACGCUCCAGGGCAAUCCCAAGCAGCACAAGAAGAUGGUUGCUCAGCUCAACUUUGACUUUAACGUGGACAGUAUUGUUUGUCUACCGGACAGUGUAUUAGCAUUCCACAAGCACGGCAUGCAGGGCAAGUCUCUGCGCAACGGCGAGGUGACGCAGGAGAUUAAGGACAUGAGUCGCACCUAUCGGCUGCUGGGCAGCGAUAAGGUCGUCGCAUUGGAGAGUCAACUCGUGCGCACCGGGUCGCUGGGCAGCGAGGAGGGGCACGAUCUGUACAUCUUGGCCGGUCACGAGGCCAGUUACUAGGCGGGCGCUACUUGAUCUAGAUGUUAUAAAUAUAUAUGCAUAUACACAUCUAUAUAUACAUAUAUAUACUAUCUAUAUAU